AUGUGGCAGAUGGAAUCCAGCAAUCGACAAGUUGGGACAUUCACAUGCACCCCUGUUUGCGGGAGAUACAAUGAUCUUCUUGCGAUAAAUGAGGCCAAGAGUACACGAAUAAGGGUUGUAUCAGCAACGGACUAUGUUUAUGUUGUGCUACAUGAAGAUAGACGUUAUAUUAUUUUUUUGGAUAAGAAGACAUGUACUUGUCAUAGAUUUAAAAUUGGUGAAAUUCCGCGUGCUUAUGCUUAUGUAGUGUUAAAGAGAAAACAUUUUGAACCUGAUGAUUAUUGCUUUGACUUAUACAAGUCUGUAGCGGUGUUGGGCACGUAUCAGAUUCCUAUAUUGUCACUGCCUGAUAGGUCUGCAUGGGAGACAUAUGGAGCAAAAUUGUUCUGCCACCAAAGUACAAACGUCUUCCCCGGGAGGCCAAGAAAAAAAGAAAGAGAAAAGUUCGCUGGAGAAUUUUACAAGACUAAAUCCACUAAUUCAUGCAGUGCUUGUGGGAUUAUUGGACACAAUAGGCGUUCGUGUAGGAAAGUACGUCGAGUUGAAUAA